AUGUCCAGCGACGCCGCCGACAGGGUCAACUUGCUCAACGUCUCGAUCGACCCCGCCUCGCCGGCGACACACUCCCAGCAGGUCUGCCUCUUCGUCGACCCGUUCUCAUCUGGUUCGUGGACUAUCGACUUCGAGCCGGUGGUGUGGGAGCCGGGGCUGUUCAGGCCCUCCAAGGUGUCCCUGAGAUGGCGAGGAUGCAGGUCGGAUAGGAAGCGCGAGGUGAGGAUGGCAGUUCGCGUUGGCAACGAGACCCACGCCCUCGUUGACUGGGUGGGCGGGAGCAACGGCACUUGGACACUGGCUGUUGGGCGGCCAUCCAAGAUCCUCGAGAUCGCAAUUGAGGUCGCCAAGGAUGAGCAAGAUGGUUCUUUGUCUCCUCUCGCUCGUUCUCUCAACCUCAUCGAUCAGCCACCGAUGUUCGACCUCUGCCUUGCCUUCGCCCGCGAUCGCCGGCGACUAUGGGCGUCCUCCGCAGUUCUCGCUCAGGUCUCGCCGUGGUGGGCGGAGCAGAUGCAGACAAGCGGAUUCCGCGAAGAAUCCAUCACGCUCGCACCGACGCCAGCGGAGCGUUCCGAAUGGCACGACUCGGACUGCUCGGACGAUGAGGCGGGAGCAGGCCCAUCGUGUCUCUCGCAUCUCGAUUCGCCAUUCGCGACACCUCCGCCCUCUCCGCCGAUACGAACACAGGACCUCCCGCCGUUCUGCCGCAUCGUACCAAUACACGGCACUUCCUACCGAACUUACCGAGCCUUCCUCGGCUGGGUCUUCACCGGCACAGUCCAUUUCGCCCCGCUCACUUCCUCCUUCCGCUAUUCCCCCAUCGCCGCCUCUCACAUCUCGACUUCGGCAACCUCCUGCUACCGCCAACACGCUGCCUCGCUCGCGGCUCACCGGAAACUGUACCCAAACCGACCUACACCCGUCUCUCCCAAAUCCCUUUACCGCCUCGCCCACUUCCUUGAGAUACCCUCACUCCAGCGGCUCUGUCUCGAUGCCUUGAAGGGACGACUGACGAUGGCCAACGUCGCCUACGAACUCUUCACCGACCCGCUCGCCGAGGUCUACCCAGAAGUGUUCGACCUCGAGCUCGAGUUCGCUCGGGAGGGGUGGGACGAGGUCAAGCAGUCGCAGGCGAUGCGGGACGUGACGGAUCGCAUGCGGGAAGAGGGUGCGACGCAGUAUGAGCUGUCGACCCUGUUUAGAUUGACGGGUUUGUAG